AUGGCAGAUAUGUCAGCAAUAACAAAAUAUAAAAAUCUUGGUCAAUUUUAUCCUCAUGUUUUAUCAAAAGAACCAAAUGUACGAUUAGAAUGUUUUAUUUCAUUGGAACAUUAUUUAACUGAUGUAAAUAACUCAAUUGAAUGUGAAGAUUUCGAAGGAUUUAUAAAAGGUUUAUUGAAAUGGAUUGAAGGUAGUAAUUAUCGGAUUUCUUCUAAUGGUAUUCGGAUAUUAGAAUUAUUUACUGAACGAUUAAAUUCAUAUGAAUUUGAACAUUAUCUUGAUAAUGUUGUAUCAGUUACAACUGAUCGACUUGGUGAUGGAAAGGAUCAAGUUCGAGACGCAGCUAGUCAUCUACUAUUAAAAUUAAUGAGAAAAUAUACCCCACAACGAAUCUGGGAUCUAAUUCAACCAUUAGCAUUUGAAAAUAAACAAUUUCGUAUAAAAGAAGAAACUCAACGAUUACUUAUCCGAACAUUAAAUGAGUAUGUAGACAUUCCAAUGAUGAAUAUUGUUUAA